CAAUGACGCUAAUCGUACACUGGCCGCACUGUAUCGCUUGGGUGGACAGUGUAGUUACUUCAACAUUAAAUGAAGCAAAAUGCCGCUGGUUUAUGUGAAAGGAGACGUCUUUACACUUUAAUUAAGUCAGCAAGCGUCUUAAUUAAGACAGGUCACCCGUGAAACCGGUGGUGACGGGCCUAUCUUUGGUGUUUAGCAGCAAUAUUUCAGGGAGAGGAGUGACGCCCAUGCCACAACAGCUGCAGGGAAGAUUUGUCCCUGUUGAAUCAAAGAUGCACUAAAAGAUCCCAACUCCUCAGCCUUGCAAAUCUCUGCAGUGCCCAUUUUACACUCACGCUGCUAAUUAGCCACCGCAUCGACUGCAUUUCCUCACCACACCUGUGUAGAGAAAUGUGUGUGUGUAUCCUGACAUGCAUAACUGUCUGAGUGUCUUUGGGCACAUCUAAGAGGUAGGCUGCACUUCCUCUUUGAUCCUCUGAGAGACACUUAUCUACUUGAGUGAUUUUACUUGCCACCAUAACUACAAGGCAUCAUGGGUAGGAAAAAAAUUCAGAUCCAACGGAUCACUGACGAAAGGAACAAACAGGUGACGUUCACAAAACGAAAGUUUGGCUUGAUGAAGAAAGCCUAUGAGCUGAGCGUGCUAUGUGACUGUGAGAUUGCCCUGAUCAUCUUUAAUCAUGCUAACAAGCUCUUCCAGUAUGCUAGUACUGACAUGGACAAGGUCCUGCUCAAAUACACUGAGUACAACGAGCCUCACGAGAGCCGGACUAAUGCAGAUAUCAUAGAGACAUUGAGGAAGAAAGGAUUCAAUGGCUGUGACAGUCCAGAGCCUGAUGGUGAAGACUCUAUUGACCAAAGUCCUUUAAAUGAUGACAAGUUUCGUAAAACUACAGAGGACUUGGAUGUUCUGUUUAAACGUUAUGGACAGUCUACGGCUCCGCCUCCAACAUUCUCCAUGCCAGUUACAGUCCAAGCAUCCAAUCAAAGCACACUGCAAUUCAGUAACCCUGGCAACGCACUGGUAACUACCUCCUAUGUAACAUCGUCUUCGCUGUCAGAUACCCACCUGUUGUCACCACAGCAACAGUCUCUUCAGAGAAAUACGGUGUCUCCGGGGUUGCCACAGCGACCAGCUAGUGCAGGUGCUCUUCUUGGAGGUGACCUGAAUAAUUCAAACGGAGGAUGCCCAAGUCCAGUCCCUAAUGGAUACACCAGUGCCAGGGCCUCCCCAGGCCUCCUCACUGUUUCCAAUGGCAACAGUCUGGGGAAAGUAGUUCCGGCCAAGUCUCCACCACCUCCUCCCAGCCCCCAGAUGGUCAACAGCCGCAAACCAGACCUACGAGUCAUCACCUCACAGGGUGGGAAGAGCCUCAUGCAGAUGACAGAGGAUGAGCUGGAAUUGGUAAAUGAGAAUGCCCAGCGACUGGUAGCAGGCGCCCAGGUGGCACAAACCCUGACCACACCGGUGGUGUCUGUAGCCACACCGAGCCUCCUGGCACAGGGGCUGCCAUUCUCUGCGAUGCCCACAGCGUACAACACAGAAUACCAGCUGACUAGUGCAGACAUCACUGCUUUACACGCUUUGGCAUCUCCUGGCGGCUUGUUGCCAACCAGCGUGACUACAUGGCAACAGCAACAACCAGUGACCCAGCAACAACAGCAGCAUCAGCAAACACAGCAGCAGCAGCUUAACCUGGCAUCACUCAGCAACUUGGUCAUGUGGGGCGUGGACAAACAGAACAGCGAGCUGUCUAGCCAGGUGUCCAGUCUGGCUGCCAAUCUGAGUGUUGGCUCUCCGUCCAACCUGCUCUUGGGUAGAGAUGAGUGGUUGGGCCGACCUGUGACCCAUAUACCUCAAGGCACCAUGCUGACCGUCAACACAAACUCCAGCGUGAGCAUCAAGUCGGAGCCCGUCUCCCCCGGACGGGAACGCAGCACCCCUUGUCCUCCUCCCUCCACCACCACGCCAUCCUCUACCCAAGUAGGGGCCAUCCUAACUGCCCCACCCCAGUACCCUGGCUCUCUGCUGUGUUUGGAGCCACCAACCGGCCGCUCGCCUGCAGAAAGCGUAAGCAGCAGUGCCAGCUCCUUUGAAGGAAGUGAUCGUGAUGACGCUGGGGCAGGCAGCCGCUGUGGGGCUACAAAUGGAGCCUCUGUGAGCGGCAGCAGUGUUGUCACAUCAGGUGCACCGGGAAGUAUGGGUCCCACCAACCGCUCUGUGCCUCCUGACUUCAGCCCAUCAGCAGAGCUCCUCAGGACGUCCAGUGAGGCGGAGCAGGAGGGGGGCAACAUCAAGCGAAUGAGAUUGGACACCUGGGACACAUAGAAGCAGAAGUGAGAACUCCAACCCCAGCGAAGUUUUGAUGACAUUUAACACCUACAGCAUAUACAUACACUCAUCUUUGAACCCACACUGCCAUGUGACGCAUCUCUGCCUCUGUCCAAUAUGACACCGCUGCAUCACCCACACUUAAUGAGGAUUUGCCACAAAAAAAAAAAAAAACACUGAAGGAUUUUUAUCUUUGAGAGUGAAGAUUGGCUGCUGGCUUUUCCAGGUAGCCUAAAAAAUAUGGACAGUAGCUUUGCUUGAAUGGACUCUCACUUUUAAAUUUCUUUUGCUAGAAAUAAGGAUUUGACCUAAAAACACUUGCAUUCUGCAUCUCUAUCAUGUAUUCACGUCAAGCUCUUCGACCUUGUUCAUAAUGUAACUGGUGGUAUACAGCUUCCCGCUCUCUGAAAUCCAGCCUGUGUGCUGUUUAUUCUUCCUGAGGUUACUUCCAAACUGCUGUUGUUGGAAGAAAUCUGGACAAAGUUUGGUUUGCGAGGACUGAGCAGCUCUCUGGCACCGAGCGAACAGACUCCCAGCAGUCGUGUUAAGGACUGUUCACCCUGAGGCAGGCCUGAAGCCUCACCUGUGCUGCCACUCACAGCGCAGCAGCUUGCCAGAGUGCCAAGAUCAACUUCGGAAAAAAAUAAAUAA